CCACUUUCUCAUGCAAAAGUCGCUUUGCAUUUUUGCACCACCGCCCCAUGACUUCUAGCAUCUGCCACCUAGGAGGGCAUCUGAGAGAAACCCGGGUGCUGCGCACAAACACCUGCUUUUCCUUUCCAAAUAUCUUCCGGCCUUGAGAGCACCAUCGUUCUGGCCCAAUACUUGCCCACCCACCCCAUUCGCCGUAAGAAAGAAAUUGGCUACGGAACAAAGACAUUGAAAGCAGAGGGAAGAUGGAAGAGCUACCAGGAAGAAGCCUUGAUGCUACGGAGGCGCGGAGCAGCGGGGAAUUCUGGGAAAGAACGGUGCAGACGAUUGUGGGUGGGAGCAACACGAGCUGCGCGGAACAGCACAAGCGCUUCAGGACGUUCUGCUACCAGGAGUCUGAGGGCCCCCGAGAGGUUUGCAGCCGAAUCCACCAACUUUGCCACCAGUGGUUGAAGCCUCAAAAGCACACGAAAGCUCAGAUCCUGGACCUGGUGGUCCUGGAACAGUUCCUGAAAGUCUUGCCCCCAGCGAUGGAGAACUGGGUCAGGGAGUACGAGCCGGAGACCAGCUCCCAGGCGGUGUCCCUGGCAGAACGCUUCCUUCUCAGCCAGGUGGAUGAAGAGCAGGUGCAGGGGAUGGUAGCCCAGGUGGCCACAGACUUCCCUGAGGCACAGAAGGCUCCAUCGGACACCACACAAAUGCCGCCCUUCAGAGGGAUCAUGCACGAAGGUGGUGGAGGCCCCAUCUUACUGGGUAUUGGAACGGCAUCCAGAGAGAGAGGAAUGGGACUGGGGGCUCCUUCUAGGCCUUCUUCUCUUGCCAGUGGAUUAGACACGGUUGCUGUGAAGCCAGGACAGAAUCCGAUGGCCUUUGAGAAGGUGGCUGGGUAUCCCAGAGAGGAGGAGUGGGCUCUGCUGGAUCCAGGCCAGAGAGCCUUGCACAGGGGAGUGAUGGAGGAAAUCUGUGGGAAUAUGGCCCCAUUAGGGCUUCUGAUUCCAAGAUCUGACCACCACUCCUGGCAGGAAGGAGGAGAACAUCCACGUGUCGAGGGUACCAUGGAACGGGAGAGAUCAGGAGCUGAUGGAAGGGAGAUCAUCAAAGAGGAUGAAGAGCAGAGAAGGAAAACUGAAGGAGAUCUGAAGUGGGGGAUUAGAUCCUUUCCUCCUGAAGGACCUGACUUCCGUGAAAUGCCCAUGCUGGGAGAAUGCCUUGAAGGAAACAAGAAUAUCAUUUACAACAGGAAGGAACCGUUGAAAUCACCUGAGUGUGGAAGAAGCUUCAGUCCGCACCUCUACUUUACCAAACGUCAAAGAAUCUAUACAGGAGAGAAGCCCUAUAAAUGCUCAGAGUGUGGGAACAGCUUCAGUAAUAACGGAAACCUUAAAUCUCAUCAGAGAAUCCACACAGGGGAGAAGCCCUACGAAUGCUCAGAGUGUGGGAAAAGUUUCAGUCAUAGCAUGAACCUCAAAUCCCAUCUUAGAAUCCACACAGGGGAGAAGCCCUAUCAAUGCUCAGAAUGUGGGAAGAGUUUCAGUCACAGUAUGAACCUUAAAUCUCAUCACAGGGUCCACACAGGGGAGAAGCCCUAUCAGUGCACAGAAUGCGGGAAACGUUUCAGCCACAGCAUGAACCUUAAGUCGCAUCAAAGAGUUCACACGGGGGAGAAGCCCUACGAAUGCACAGAAUGCGGGAAGCGUUUCAGCCACAGCAUGAAUCUUAAAUCGCAUCAAAGGGUUCACACGGGGGAGAAGCCCUACAAAUGCUCUCAGUGUGGAAUAAGUUUCAGUCACAGCAUGAGCCUUAAAUUGCAUCAGAGAAUCCACACAGGGGAAAAGCAAUAGAAAAGUGGCAGAAGCAUGAAACGGAAUCAGGGAGGGAUUAAGUCUUAAGAAUGACUGGAAUGUGGGAAGAUCAACAUAGCCCUUCCUUUUAAAAGUUUCAAAAAAAAAAAACACCAAGGGAAGUGUAUAAACAAUUAAAGUUUUGUUUCUUUGUUUUUUGGAUCAGCCAACCUUACUAACCAACAGAAAUUCAAACAACUUUGAAACUUUGGUCGACAUGACUGAGUUGUCAAUUCUACUUGGGGCAAUUGAACUCCCGUUGCAGACAGCAUCUUCCAAAGUUUCCAGGUAGUCUUAUGAUUAGCCUUGUGAUGUAUUAAGAAUUUAGAAUUAAGAAUUAACCCACAGACUGUCACGAGGAGAGUGCCAGAAGUCCCUCUGUCUGUCUGAGGUGUAUUUUGUUAGCCAAAGGACUUACAUAGUAGCCUAAUAAUAUGU